AUGGGAGAAGCGUUAGAGAAUGUCACACUAACAUCUCCCUUGGACAAAUAUCGCUUUCAAAUUUUGGACAGCGGUGUAUUAGCCUUAAUAAACACUGAAAAUAAGCAUACAACAUUUAUCUCUGAUACAAAUUCAUACUGGCCCUCACAUCCUAGUCCAUCUAGACAAGGGACAGCGUGGACCUCGAACUUUCUACCUAAUUGUAAAGGACUAGAAUUAACGAUAGCUAAAUCAUCGAGUCCUUUUCUAGAACUGUUUGACAGUGGUUUGUUACAGAUUCGUUCUGACCAACGCAUACUCUAUGUAUUGCACUCCGCUACAGAAGACAAAGGUCGAUUGGCAGUACUCAUUAGUGGUUUCUUACGCACGUAUCUGCAGACAUGCACUAGUCAUGUUCAAAAGAUUUUGUCUCAGUGGUCAGGAUCGCAGGGAGUGGAUGUUCAUAUUGUUACCUACUUAGAAGAAGUAUUUCAGUCUGAACCCGCGACAAACAAAUCCAUAGAAGAAAAUCUUCGUAAAUGCUACGGGACUUACCUAAAAAGUGUUUCUAUUGUGAGUGUCCAUAGCGUGGAAGACACAUGGACUGACGCUGCUAUCUAUGUUAAGCGAGUGUGUGGCGAUGCGCGCCUCAACUGUGUAAUCUCUCAAAUAAAAUCUGUUUAUAUGGUUGGCCAGCAAGCAACAGCGUACAUGAUACAACACGGCAUUCAGUACGAUUAUAUUCUUCGCAUGCGUCCGGAUCAUAUGCUGUGGGGAACUAUUCCACCUCUGUACGAAGUUUCACAUGGCAAAGUGAUCAUUCCAAAUCCUGCCAAAGAAUGGUUCUACUAUUGUGUUACUCACCACGGUCUUCAACGCAUGGGAACAACCGACCAGAUUGCAUAUGGUCGAGCAAGUGCGAUGUGGAUAUACAUGAAUAUGUACACAGGAAUCAGAAGUAUGCUAACUAUGGCAAAAGAUCCCGCAGUAAUGCCUCAAGGAUUUGCUACACAUCAACAUAAUAAGUGGCAGGCUAGUGAUAAAGAAAUAUGCGCUGUGGAAUGCUUAGUUGCACACUGGAUGUAUUUGAAUGGAAUAAGCAUGGAGGUUGAUUGGAGAUGGCAACAGAAUCUAAUUCGACAAGAUGGUCGAAUGGAGUACUACUGUCCAGACAAAAAUAGGACAUGGAAUUGUCCUGGAAGCAUACCCAAUUAA